AUGUCUGAACCGGUGCCUGGCCCAUCUACUGUCAGUCAAUGUGCGCUCUGCUCUCAACCUUCAAAGUAUACUUGUCCACGAUGCAGCGUAAAAACAUGCUCCCUUGUUUGUUCUAAAUCCCAUAAAUCCAAAGACAACUGCUCUGGCGAAAGAGACAAGGCUAAAUAUGUCCCCAUGAAUGAGUAUGGCUGGGGAGCCCUAGCGGAUGACUAUAGUUACUUGGAGGAUUUGGGGAGGAAUGUUGCUACUUGGGGGAGGGAUUUGAGCAAAGGGAAGGGGAAAUGGAAGGGGAGGAGUCCAAAGUUAGAGGCCUUGAGGGUCCAGCUUGCUACGAGGGACAUCAAGAUUCAAUUUGUCGCAGAAGGGAUGGAAAAGAGGAGGCUAAAUCAGAGCUCCUGGGAUCCUAGAUAUUAUACACAAUCGCACGAAACCAAACUUCCGGGACAAGAAACCAAAUAUCAAGCACCUACACUUGCUAUCCGCUUGGGCUCGACAUCCGCUGCUGCGAGGCCGAAAAUUCGAAAAGUGUUUUACCCACUUGACCCCAAUAGGUCGCUGCAGGAGUGCCUAAAGGGACAAGAAAUGGUCGAAUAUCCUACCAUUGACGUAUUUGCUUCAAAGACCGUAUUCUGGCAAGAACCUCCAUUGAAGAAGAGAAAGACAGACACUGGUAUUGGAGGGCUGGUCGGAUAUGGAGAUGAUAGCCAGUCGGACUCGGACGUAAGUCACGGGGCAGGCUCGGAGGAAGAAGGAAUUGGGAUUUUAGGGGGCUAUGAGAGCGCCGAGGAUGUAGAUGAAGGCCUCGGAGAGAGCUAG